UAGUUCGUAGUAAGUUCGUCCAAAUCAAAUCCCGACUCUAAUCUUGUAGAAUUGCGGUAGACUAUUAGACAAUAAUUCGCUAAUCCGUGAUGUUCGUCCCCACCGUCAUAAUGUGUAACGAAUAACGAUAGUGUGUGUAUUAUGCGAAAAUAAGUGGGUCUCGUCUCUGAGCGCCAAACAUCGCUGUCCAUUAUUAUUUAUUACUGGGACGAUUAUUGAAAUUCACCGAAACGAGACGGCAACUGGACCAUUAAAUUUCUGCUUGAAUCGUUCUUUGUAACGGUGAGUCUAUCUUGGCAAUAAUAUGUGGUGUUUUCCAUAACGCUGCGUACAUUACGUCGCGUAACUUUCGUUCGAUUGGAAUCUGUCUGAGAAAUGGGUUCCAAAAUAGAAUAUGUGGACUCGUCGCAGAUGUACGCUACAAACUAUGUGCGUAACGCCAAAGCGGUAGGCGUUUUGUGGGGUAUAUUUACAGUUUGCUACGCAAUAAUCGUAGCUGUGGCCUUCAUCACUCCAGAAUGGAUAGGUGACACUACAACAUCUGAAAAUCCUGCUCGUUUCGGACUAUGGAGCAGCUGUUACUUUGGCAAUGGUGUUUCGACUGCUGUUGAGGACUGCCAGGGAAAGCUGGAAGAUAUAUCAAACAUACCAAGUGUUGCCAUAAGAGUGGCGGCAAUUUUUGGCAGUGUAUCGGUGUGCAUCGCCAUAAUUAUCGUGGUAAUGUUGUUGUUGUUUUUCUUUUUUCAAUCAACAACAGUGUACAUGAUUUGUGGAUGGCUGCACGUUUUAUCUGCUGGAUGUCUGAUCGCGUCCAUUGUUGUUUUUCCAAUGGGCUGGGAUUCACCACAUAUUCAAAAGACUUGUGGUCCUGAGGCUAAAAGCUAUAGUCUUGGUGACUGUAAUUUUCGUUGGGCAUAUUUAUUAGCAGUCAUUGCUAGCGUGGACGCACUUAUUUUAUCGGCUUUGGCGUUUAUCUUAGCUACUAGGCAUAUAAAACUUCAACCAGAACCCUUAUAUGCAUCUACUUUACGUAAAGGUGAGCUCAAUAGUGGAUAUUUAGGUGACAGUAGUGCAUCAAUGGCUGGCUCUAGGAAGUCAUUAAAUUUGCAACCAGUUAUGUUGAUGCCACAGCCAAUGAUGGACCAAGAUCGAUUUUCUGAAUUUUCUAACAGGACGGGUCGCUCUCAUAAAGGUGCCAUGUACAGACCAGAGUAUGCUUCAUCUAGUAUUCAUAAUUUUCAACUCUAAUAAAUUUCUAGAGAAAAUUAUGAUAACUUUUAGGGUUUAUUCUUUUAAUGAUAACUAAUGGAAAUAAGACAGGGUAAAACCAUUUAUAUUUUUAUAUACCUAUAUUAAAUUAUUAUUUUGAAAGAUUUUAGCCAUUAAAUUAAUAUUAAAAAUGGAAUGUUGAAGUGAAAUAAUUUUUACUGUUGAUAAUGUAUUUUUAUUUUUUGGGAGUAUUAUAAAUUAAUUAUAUUUUUAGUUAAUAAUUAUUUUUAAAAUAUUAUUGUUUUAAAAAAUUUGGGAAUAUUUGAACAUUAAACAUUUUUAUUUUGUUUAUAUUUAAAU